AGACGUUAAUGACUUAUUUUAAAAAGAUGUACAAAUGUGUGUAAAUAGCAUAGCUUUGACUUCUGUAUUCGAUGCGAGAUUAAAUCUUAUAAAUAAGGACGGCGCACGUCAAAUGGGCGCCAGAGUUUCUGAUUGGUUGAAGCCGUUUCCGGUUGCAGCGCUCCUCAUUUGAAAAGUGUUCGGUUAACGUUGGCUGUUUGGGUGGCUCGGUCGCCAUUGUUAAAAAGACGGUGUUUGCAAUGUUGCUAAAAGUGAAACGUAGAGUAUAACAAAGGUGUUCGUCCAAGGAGUCCCCAGGUAAUAUCGGCCUUUUUGUUUUUAAGAGCCCGAAGAUGGCUCAACGUGUGGCGCUACCAGAUGGAGGAAACCACAAGAAGACGAGCAGGGUUCGGGUAGCGGUUCGUCUGCGACCCUGUAUGGGCAAACAAGAUGAGAAAGACGAGGGACCGUGUGUCAGAGGCCUGGACUCACAAAACGUGGAAAUAGUGAACUGGAGAAAUGCCACAGAAUCAGUCAAAUACCACUUUGAUGCUUUUCAUGGUGAGCAAACGACACAGCAAGAGGUUUUCCUCUCAUCAGUGAAGCCCAUUUUACCACACAUAUUGAACGGACAGAAUGCCAGUGUCUUUGCCUAUGGACCCACAGGAGCCGGUAAGACGCACACCAUGUUGGGUGGUUCAGAGGAGCCAGGCGUGAUCCCCCGAGCUGUUCGCGAGGUCUUCAAUUUGGUCAAAGCUGAGGAUGAGGGGUGGGACUACAGCAUUGGCAUGUCUUAUUUGGAAAUUUACAAUGAGAAGGUGCUCGAUCUUCUAUCGCCAAACUCCCAUGAUUUGCCGAUCAGGGAGGACAAGGACAAGAACAUCCUGAUUCCUGGCCUCACACACACAAGCAUCUCCUCCUUCUCAGACUUUGACAAACACUUUGUGCCCGCCAGCCUCAAUCGUACGACAGCUUCUACCAAACUAAAUCAGCGCUCCAGCCGCAGCCACGCAGUCCUCCUCCUCAAGGUUGUGCGGACGCAGCGGGCCCUUCCCCACAGACAACAGACAGGAAAGCUGUACUUGGUCGACUUGGCUGGGUCUGAGGACAACCGCCGCACGGGCAACCAGGGCAUCCGUCUGAAGGAGAGCGGUGCCAUCAACCUGUCUCUGUUCACUCUCAGCAAAGUGGUGGACUCUCUUAACUCUGGCACUGCUGUCCGCGUGCCGUACAGAGACAGUAAACUGACACGGCUGCUACAGGACUCUCUGGGUGGCUCGGCGCACUCCGUCAUGAUUACCAAUAUUGCGCCAGAGUACAAAUACUAUUUUGACACCUUCAGCGCACUCAACUUUGCUGCCAAAUCCAAGCUCAUUGUGAACAAACCUUUCACUCGUGAAACUGUGGCCGUGCCCAUACUGCCAGUGAAGCGGGCCAGAGAAGACCAUGAGGCACGGGGGUCUGGCACUGAGCCACAGAAGAAGAGGCAGAAAGAUGAGAGGAAAACUGAACAAGAUGGUUCUUCACCCUCUGCACAUUUUAACAGUCUGUCAGAGCCGUCGGUAAUGGACAGACUAAUAGCUCUGGAGAAGCUGAUGAUGAAUUGCCAGGACAAAGAUAGACUUGGGAUGCUGAAAGAUGUGGCCCAGUCUCGCAAGGAGAUCCAGGAGCUCAAAGAGAAGCAGAAGGAAUUUGAGAGCAAGGCCAUGCAAUUCAGUCUCUUGACUGGAGAAAAGUCCAGUGCCAAACAGGAGCCUGCUUUCAAAAACAAUACGGCUCCUCUGCACAGAAAACCGUCAACUGCCACCAAACCAAAUAAGCAGCAGGCUGUGGUCCAACCCCUACAAGUGUCGCAGCUCCAGCCUCUUCAGCAGCUUGCAGUGGUCAAGAAACAGUCAGUCUGCGUCAAGAAGAAAGGGAGGAAGCUUUCAGACCAGGUUGAGCCUCCAGAUGGUAAAGAGAACCUAAUGGAGAAUGGCUGGGAGUUCCAGCUGGAUACGUCGGUGCUGGAGCAGUCCAGACAGAAAAUCCUGCAGGUUCUCAAUACCGGCUCCCUCAAAGACCUGAAGGGUCUGCAGCAGAUCGGCGACAAGAAGGCAAAGCUCAUCCUGGGCUGGAGAGAGCUCCACGGUCACUUCACAAAGUUGGAAGAUCUGGGAAAAGUUGAGGGUAUGUCAGAAAAGAGAUUUUCCUCCUUCAUGAAGGCAAACAUCCUUAGUGCCAUGGGGAAAUGAUUUUAUUGUUUUUUUUUUUUUGUUUUUUUUUCAUCCAUGCUCAUGUCUAAUGUAUAUAAUUUCUAUCUUAAAGCGUUUGUCUUUUUUUGUUUUUUGCUUGAUUUUAUGAUAUUUUUGUAGUUACUACUGUGUUCCAGCUGAUGGCGCACUGUUGCUUUUAAUAAAAUGCUCACAUGUC